AUGUCUACCGAUGUCCCAACUCAGCGUCGAGGUCUCCCUCUCCAUGUCACACCCGAAAAUAGCUCUGGCGGGACUUUCAUCGUAAUCGGUGCUAAUACCGGGCUGGGACUGGAAGCUGCCAAACACCUGGUGGCCGUCGGCGCCGCAAAGGUCAUCAUGGGUGUGCGUAAUCUCGACGCCGGCGAGACCGCGAAAACAAGCAUUGAAAGUGCAACAGAAAAGACUGGUGUUGCCGAGGUAUGGAAAAUCGACCUGUCCAGUUAUGACUCUGUCAAGGCCUUUGCGAAGAAAGCAAUCACGGAACUGGACCGCAUCGAUGCGUUGAUUGAGAAUGCGGCCGUUGCAAUGUCCGAGCGUGUGUUGGCUGAAGGGCAUGCCCUGCCCAUCACAGUCAACGUGCUGAGCACCUUCCUUCUUGCAGCGUUGAUAUUUCCAAAGUUGAGCGAUGAUGCUAAAAAGUUCGGCAUCUUGCCUCAUAUCACGAUCAUCUCGAGUAGCGUUGGCUUCGAUUUUGAGGAGCAAUGGAAUUUGAUCAAAGACGAUCCGAUAGUAAAGUCAGAUGGCGAGUCGAUGGUAACUUUGAUGCUAUACCCAUUGUCCAAACUGAUGGAGAUCCUGGCAGUUAAAUAUAUUGCACCCCAGAUUCCUGUAUCUCGCACAGGGGUGGUCCUAAAUGUUGUCUGUCCGGGCUUAUGCAUCACAGAUCUUAGCCGGAACGCGCCGCCUGCUUUCAAAGAGCAAAUUGCCGUCCAACACAAGCAGUUUGGGCGGACAGCAGAGGAUGGCAGCAGAACGCUUCUUCAUGGGGCUGUUGCAGGAAAGGAGAGCCAUGGGCGCCUCCUCGCUGCUUGUGAAAUCGCGACGCGACAACUACCAAGCUGGCUCGAAAACGAAGAGGGUCAACAAGCGCAAAAGCGGGUAUGGGGCGGUAUUGCCAAAGAGCUGGAGGCUGUUGAGCCUGGUUGCGUCAGCAAGAUGCUACAAGCAUGA